GUUUUCUCUCAUUUCUCCCCCGCUUCAGACUUGAUGUGGGUGGUGUUAUUGUUUGAAGUUGUGUUCUCGGAAGUAGAAGGUUCCAGUUUCAGGCUGACGUGGUGAAAUCCCAAGUUACUUUUCAUCGCUUUUUAAGAUCCUUGACCAAAAUGACUUGGAUUGACAACGAUGGUACAAUUCACGAGUCCAUGCCAUGGGGUGUUUCCAAAAUCACAUCCAUGUUCUGGGGAUUUUUGAAUGUUGUGUAUUUGUUCUUCACAACCCUCAUUCCAGGUCUACGUAAUUCAGAUGGGGAGAGCACAAGCUACAGAGCACCUCGAGGUGGUGGCGGUGGUGGUGGAGGAGGCGGUGGGGGUGGUUUCAACGGACGCGGCCCUCCUCGCCCACCAAAGCCAAGAGGAAACUUCAGAUCAUUUGGUGAUAUGUUCGGCCAGGGCUCUGUCAAUAUGGGAGGUUGCCCUGGUGGGAGCUGUGGCAGAAUGUAAGAUCAAACAACAUUGAGAGGAAGCCUGCUUGAAACAAUUUUGUAAUAUGCCUAUUUGAGAACAUUGAACUAUUUGCUUGUAAUUACUACAGUACCUUCACUAUUAAAACAAAUUUCCACAUCAAAAUAGACUUGGAUUCAAAAUUGUUUUAAUCUAGGCUUCGUAUCUUUUAAUCUACUGAAAUGUUGAGGUCAUAAAUGAAUUGUGAUAAUAUUUAGAGUGUAACAGUAAUUGUGGAGUGUAAAUCCUUUGCACUGAAUUUCUUUUCUUGUUCUCUCUGGGAACUGCUAAAUUUAAUCUAUUAAUUUUUGUAAAUACUUUAAUGUGUUGUUCUUAUUUUAUUUUAUUUUUCUUUUGCAAUGUAAUCUGUAUGCGUGAGACGAAAAUGUUUGUCAACACACUUCACUGUGUCAAGAGCAGCAUUCCAGAUUCAUUUCACAUAUAUAGAUUAGUUUCUUUUUUCAUAUUCCAUCUUGUUGUCAUGUGUUCCUGAUGUCAGUGAGAGUGAUGUGUUAACUACUAUAAAUCUUUGUAUUUUUUUUUCCUUGUUUGGCUGUCUUGAAUGGUCUUAUUUCUAAUGUGAUAAAUAUAUGUACUUGAGAAGUUAA